AGUCCGCAUGAUUGUGUAUGUGCAGCGCGUGUGUACGUGUGUGUGUGUUGCUUUUUAUUUUUGUGACGGGUCUCAUCGUUAGGCAGUGAUAUCGGUUUGAAGGAGCUAUGAAUUUUGAAUUGGAACGUGAGAUUGGUUUUAUAAAUAGCCAACCGUCGCUAGCAGAGUGCCUGACGUCCUUCCCUGCCGUCCUGGAGUCAUUUCAAACUUCAUCAAUCAAGGAGUCGACAGUAAUUCCGCCUCCCUUCGAGAACACCAUUCCAAGCCUCAGCCUCUGCACAGCCAGCCAGCCAAGACCAGCUUCAAGGAACCAACAGAACCGGAGAGCCUCUCUGAGCAAUGUUAUCCAGACGCACCAGCGACUUGCCCAGCAGCUCUGCCCGCCUGUUCAGGCCCCCACCCAGAAAGGCUCUUCUACUGCAGGACCACCGGCUCAGGAGUUCCCCUGGAUGAAGGAGAAGAAGUCCUCAAAAAAAUGUCCCAAACCUGCUAGCACCUCCGGCAUUGGUGGAUCCACAGUCCAGUCCGCCUCACCGUCUCCGUCACCGACCGCCUCCGUGUACGCUUCAGCGGUCAUCGAGUCACUCACAGACCCACAUCAGGGUGCUCUGGAGGUUGGAGGAGCGGGGUCUCGUCGGUUGCGCACCGCCUAUACUAACACGCAACUCCUGGAGCUCGAGAAGGAGUUUCACUUCAACAAGUAUCUUUGCCGACCUAGACGAGUAGAGAUCGCCGCCCUUUUGGACUUAACCGAACGGCAGGUUAAAGUUUGGUUCCAGAACCGGCGCAUGAAACACAAGCGGCAGAUGACGCACAACCGGGAUGGAGGUGGCGAUGGGGGUGGAGGGUGCCAGGAAUCCGGCGAGCCAAGUUGCGUUGAGCCUCUCGAAGGGGCCGAUGCUUCGUCACCGUAUUCAAGCCAGCCGCUUGAGGCAUCUGGCACAGGGGAGUUCUCAGUUGGCGAGGCGGGUAGCAGUAAUCAAUCUUCAGACGCCCACAUCCUUGACAAUGGAGACAAUGUGCAUCCCACGCUGGCGGAAGGAGGCCUAUCGACUCGCCUGGACCUGCCACCGCUGUCGAAUGGUUCUGGCGCCUGUGACUCUGCUGCCAAACAUACCUCACAGGAGCCGGUGACCACGAAAGGUUCCACUGAUAACACAAACAUGAGGCUUCUCCAGCAGCCAGAUUCUUCCAGCCCCUCCUCUUUGGCCUCCGCCGAGCUACCCGACCUGACGUUCUUUGCCGCAGACGCCUGUAUGUCACCCAGCCUUCAGAGUUCCCUAGACAGUCCGGUGGAUUUUUCGGAGGAGGACUUCGACUUGUUCACAAGUACACUGUGCACCAUGGACCUUCAGCAUCUCAACUUCUGAGGGUUUAUAUCAUAAUUAAAGCAUAGAAACGAUGGCUCUCAGACAGAACUGCAUCUUGUUGGGGGAAAAACACGGUAACAUUCCUGAAUUUAUUUCAGAAUGAAGUUUAAAACUUUGAUAUUUAAAUCUAUUUUUCAUCCUUUUGCCAGUGUUAUUUUAACACUCACCAUACAGAGCUAAAAUACGGUAGAUGACAAGAUUUUUCAUUUAAAAUAUAAAGGUUAACAUUUUUGUGCCCGUAUUUUCAGGAAAGUGAACUUACAAUUAAUAUUUAUUAUUUAUUUUAAUUUGUAGAAUGUGUGGAAUAUUUUGAUCAAAACUUCUCAGGAACUGCUUGGUACCAUUAGACUGCUUUUCGAAAAUAUUAACUGAACAGGAAAGAUUUCUUGCUUUGCCCCAGAGAAGAGAGAAGUCGCGUUUAUGAUUCGACUUUUAAACCCAAGUUAAUUUAUUCAAAUGCUUUAACAGUGAGAUACAAAUUAUUUAUUGUAUACAUAUUUUCAUAGUGAAAAACUGAUAAUAAAAAUACAAA